UCAAACGAUUCUGUCGAUCAUUCGCCGACACGCAACUGUCCGUCUCCUCCCGCGGCACACUCGAUAACACAUUGCAAUUAUAUUAUAUAAUAUUACGUUAACUGUAACAGUAUCGCCAUCAUUUAUCUGAUAUCGUUACAUUUUCUAGACCAUAAUAUAAUAUGCACUUGUGUUUCCACGGUCGGCGCCAUCACCUGCGAAGUUAGUACACGACACCACCACAACCGACCAGCACCGAAGAAGACAACCGGCGACAAACUAGCGGAAACGAAAUUAUUGUAAUAAUAAAAAUAUUAUACCUGGAGCAGUAGUCAACAUCUUUGAAAUGUUGGCCGUUACAAAAACGGUUAUCGUCUUGGCGUGCCUGGCGAUGGCUAAUUGCGGAAUCUUCCACGGAUUGCCGGUAGCCGAUGAACCAGUUCUAGAAUCAUGCUGUCCGCCCGUGUCCAGAAGGCAAAACUCCAUACCAGUACACUACGUGACGGGCACACACUACGAAGUCGGAUACAGCGUCGGACGCACUUUUGGAUCAAUGAUAAAAGAAUAUUUACGCUUGUAUGAGCCACUUCAGAGUGAGUUCUUACCAAUGUAUGCUCAACCAGAAGGGCGACAGAUUUAUGAAGAAAGUUUGAAGUCAACACAAAAAUACUUCCCUCAGUAUGUGAUCGAGCUACAAGGAGUGGCUGAUGGAGCGAAAGUUCCGUUUCACGAGUUGUUCCUAAUGGCUUUAGAUGAUACACUACCAAAGAAUUUAAACGCCUCCAGUAAAGACAAAGGGCCUGUAGGAUGUACUUCACUCAUAAUUAAUCAGCCAAAUGCACAGCUGUUAGGGCAUACAGAAGACGCGAUGUCCGAGACGGUAAACAACUACUACAUAGUGGCUGCUCAUGUGGUGCCCGAUGAAUCCGAAUUGGGGGGCAUCUUUCCGGCCAGAGAAGAGAAGUUCGAGGCACUCGCGUACGCUGGACACUUACCAGGUUACGCAAGCGGUCACAACCACUACGGGCUGGUGUUCUCGAUCAACACGAUAUUCGUCAGUAAACCGUUGAAGGGCAAAAUCCCCCGAGAGUUCAUCACGAGAGCGGUCCUGGCCUCGCGGGCCGACCUGGGCGAAAUCUUGGACGUGUUGACAAACGAAGGCGUAGGCACGGCUGAUGGAUUCAACAUGAACUUUGCUUUCCUGGAUGUACCCAAAGAAUCUCGUGUUUUUCACACGGCCGAAGUCACCCCGAAAAUCGACUCUGACAGGUCGGAAGUGUACCUUGCAGACUUUGGCAUGGGAAGCAACUCGUUACAUACGAACAGACUACUCCAUCUGAAGUAUCCGGAACUGAACGAAGCCGCUUACGGGAGCAGCGUGUCCAGGGAGAGCCGGUACAAGCAUAUGACGGCCAACAAGACUGCCGUGAACCUCCAGGACAUGUUGGAAGUACUCGGCAACAGGGACGACGAUCCGUGGCCGAUCUUUAGUGACAAGGCUGAAGCCAGAGUCAGCACCAUUAAUUUGGGUGUUUUUGACUUCAAUAAGAAAACUUGGACAUUGUGGACCAAUGAUCCAAUUGACACACCACCUCUAUUGCAGUUGCCACUAACAUUCGCGGAUUUGAUUGGCCCAACAAGAAGUGAUGUAAGCACCAACAAGAUCGAAGUCAUAGAAACGUUUUAUCCUGACAAAUAAUUAGAUAUUAUAUUUAUCAUCAUAGUCAUUUUACCAUUAUAUAGUACCUAUAUACAUUAUAUAUUUGGGUCGUUAAUAUUCAUUAUUAUAUU